CUGCGGGCGCUCGGGUCAAAUGGAGUGGGUGCUGGCGGAUACGCUGCUCUCGCAGAGCCGGGACCCUCGGGUCCUGCUUGGGGCGCUGUGCUGCGAGGAGGCGUCCGCGGAGCGCGUGGAGACGCUGCGCUUUCUUCUGCAGCGACUGGAGGACGAGGAGGCGCGCGGCGGCGGCGCGGGCGCGCUCCCGGAGGCGGCGCGCGAGGUCGCCGCCGGGUACCUGGUGCCGCUGCUGCGGGGCCUGCGCGGGCGCCCCGCGGGCGGCGCGGACACCGGCCCAGCGGCCCGCCAGCGCCGGCGCGUGCUGAGAGCGGCGGGCGCGGCCCUGCGCUCGUGCGCCCGCCUUGCCGGGGGCCCGCAGCUGGCGGCCGCGCUGGCCGAGGAGGCGCUGCGCGACCUGCUCGCCGCGGGCCCCGCGCCCGGCCUCGACGGGGCCGCCGAGGCGGCCGUGGAGGUGUUGGCGGCCGUGGGGCCCUGCCUGCGGCCCCGCGAGGACGCGCCGCUGCUGGAGGCGGUGGCGCGGGCCGCCCUCGCCCUGGCGCUAGGCGGGGACGAGGCGGGGCCCGCCGAGGGCGCGGCGGCGCUGGUGGCCGGCCGGCUGCUGCCGGCGUUGGGCCGGUGCGGCGGGGCGGCGCUGCGGGCCUUGUGGGGCGGGCUGGUCGCCCCCGGGGCUCCCGAGGGCCCGGGCCGAGUCGGGCCGAAGCUGCUGGUGCUGAGCGCCCUGGCGGAGAAGCUGCUGCCCGAGCCUGGCGCGGAGCGCGCCACCGCGGCGCGCGAGGCGGACCCGGACGCCCGGCGCUGCUGGCGCUUCUGGAGGACGGUGCAGGCGGGGCUGACCCGGGCCGAGGACGCCCUGACGCGCAAGCGGGCGCGCUACCUGCUGCAGCGGGCGGUGGAGGUGUCGGCGGAGCUGGGGACCGAGUGCGCGUGCGCCCCCCAGGAAGGAACCGGCCCAAGUCUGUUUUGGUGGUCUGAGAAGAAAAAAGAUGAGCUUCUAAAGUUUUGGGAAAACUAUAUAUUAAUUAUGGAAACUCUUGAAGGAAAUCAGAUACAUGUUAUAAAGCCAGUUUUACCAAAGCUGAACAAUCUGUUUGAAUAUGCAGUGUCAGAGGAAAAUGGAUGUUGGCUCUUUCACCCAUCCUGGCAUCUGUGUAUUUAUAAAAGAAUGUUUGAAAGUGAAAAUAAAAUCCUGACCAAAGAAGGCGUUACCCAUUUUUUGGAGCUCUAUGAAACAAGGGUUCUUCCGUUUUCAGCAGAAUUUUCUGAGUUUAUUAUUGGGGCAUUAAUGGAUGCACUUUCACAGAGCUCUCUAUACAGCAGGUCCCCAGGCCAGCUGAUAGGAAGUGGUUCUCCACUGGGAUUGAAAUUACAGAAGUUCUUAGUCACUUACAUUUCUCUUCUUCCAGAAGAAAUAAAGAGUAGUUUCCUGUUAAAGUUUAUUCAGAAGAUGACGAGCCGACAUUGGUGUGCUAUUCCCAUUUUGUUUCUAUCUAAGGCUUUGGCAAAUAUCCCAAGAUGUAAAGCCCUGGGUAUAGAAGGGCUUCUUGCCCUGAGGGACGUUCUUCAGUGCACCAUGAUCACACAUCAGAUCCUGCUGCGAGGGGCAGCGCAGUGCUAUCUCCUUCAGACGGCCAUGAAUCUGGUAGACGUGGAGAAAGUGUCCCUCUCUGAUGUCUCAUCUCUUGUCAUGUCACUGAGACAAGAGGAGUCCUUCGGACGAGGAACUUCAUUGUGGACAGAGCUCUGUGAUUGGCUACGUGUUAAUGAAAGCUGUUUUAGGCGACCCUUAACUUGUAGCUCCAUUGGCCUUCACGAGACAUCCUCUUUAAAUGCUUAUGUAAAGAACCUAGUCCAAGAGUAUAUUAAGUCACCUGCCUGGGAAGGAGGAGAAGACUGCUGUAUGCCUGAUUGGCUUGAAGCCAAGCUUGUUGCUGUGAUGGUCUUGCUGGCCAUAGAUGUGGAAGGAAUGAAGAGUCAGUAUAGUGAAAAGCGGAGGACACAGAAUGUAUUAAGGAUAUUCUUAGAUCCUCUCCUGGAUGCCCUUGUGAAGUUUGGUACAAAUGCCUACAUGCCCUUGCUGAAAACUGACAGAUGCCUGCAGUUGCUGUUGAAGUUACUGCACACUUGCUUGUUGAAAGGUUCCGGUACCCAAGAUGUUGCGCAUACAGACGAGGUGUUUACUCUCCUUCAGAACUUUGUCAUGUCUACCACAGAGAGCGUUUCGGAAUUUAUUCUCAGAAGACUUACUAUGAAGGAACUAAGUAGGGUUUCAGAUCUGGAACGUUGCCAUUUGUACCUGAUGGUAUUAACUGAACUUAUAAAUCUCCACUUGAAGGUUGGAUGGAAAAGAGGCAACCCUAUUUGGAGAGUUAUUUCUCCUUUGAAGAACGCAUCCAUUCGGCAUCUUCAAGAGAUGGACCGUGGACAGGAACCGACACUGGGUAGACAGAUUCAGAGAGUCGUUAGUAUGGCUGCCUUGGCCAUGGUGUGUGAGGCCAUUGACCAGAAGCCAGAGCUACAGCUGGACUCUCGGGAUGCGGGAGCCACGGAAAGGUUCCUCUCCUCUCUCCAGCUCAAUCAGACGCUGCAGAAGCCCCACGCAGAGGAGGACAGCAGUUUUUUUGAAGAGUCGUCAUCUUCCCAAGGAUGGGGGAAGAUAGUUGCACAAUAUAUUCACGAUCAGUGGGUCUGCCUCUCUUUCUUGUUGAAAAAAUAUCACACCCUUAUACCAGCCUCAGAGGACGAAAUUCUGGAACCCAUUCUACCUGCUGUUCAAAUGCCAAUGAGGACUUUGCAGUCGGCACUAGAAGCCCUCACAAUUCUUCCUUCUGAUCAAGUUUUACCUGUGUUCCACUGCAUGAAAAUUUUGGUUCCCAAGCUUCUGACCUCCUCUGAAUCUCUCUGCAUAGUGUCUUUUGACAUGGCUUGGAAAAUCAUAGCUUCUUUAAGCAACACUCAGCUGAUAUUCUGGUCUAACUUAAAAGCUUUUGUUCAGUUUGUUUUUGAUCCCAAAGUUCUUACCAUUGCUGCAAAAAUCAAGGGCCAGGCCUAUUUCAAAAUCAAAGAGAUUAUGUACAGGAUAAUUGAAAUGUCUGCUAUAAAAACUGGAGUCUUCAAUAUAUUGAUAAGUUAUUGCUGCAAAUCUUGGAUCGUUUCUGCUUCAAAUGUGUCUUUAUCUACUGCUAAAAAUUACAGCGAACUUGUCCUUGAGGCGUGUAUAUUUGGAACGGUGUUUCGGCGUGAUCAAAGACUUAUUCAGGAUGUACAGACCUUCAUAGAAAAUCUUGGGCAUGAGUGUGCAGCGAACACAGUUAUUGAAAAUACUAAAAGAGAGGACCAUUACGUGAGAAUUUGUGCUGUCAAAUUCCUGUGUUUAUUAGAUGACUCAAAUAUGUCUCAUAAGUUGUUUAUGGAAGAUCUUGCAAUCAAGCUAUUAGAAAAAGAUGAAUUGGUGUCCAAGUCAAGAACUCGAUACUAUGUGAAUUCUCAACAACAUAGAGUGAAAAACCGAAUAUGGCAGACUCUGCUUGUACUUUUCCCCAGAUUCGAUCAGAAUUUCUUGAAUAGAAUUACUGACAAGAUUUUCCAGGCUGGUUUCAUCAAUAAUCAAGCAUCCAUAAAAUAUUUUAUAGAAUGGAUUAUUAUACUGAUUCUUCAUAAAUUCCCUCAAUUUCUUCCAAAGUUCUGGGACUGUUUUUCUUACGCCGAAGAAAACCUCAAAACAAGCAUUUGUACGUUUUUAUCAGUUUUGUCGCAUUUGGACAUCAUUACUGAAAAUAUUCCAGAGAAGAAACUCAUUCUGAAGCAAGCCCUUAUUGUCGUACUGCACUGGUGUUUUAAUCACAAUUUUAGCAUUCGACUGUAUGCCUUAGUUGCUCUUAAGAAAAUCUGGAGCAUGUGUAAGACGUUGCACGUUGAAGAACUUGAGGCUUUGACUUCCGUUAUUGAAUCCAGUCUGAAUCAAGUGGAAAACAUGCAUGGAGCAGGGAACGCGAAGAAGAAUUGGCAGCGGAUCCAGGAGCAUUUCUUUUUUGCAGCGUUCCACCCACUUAAGGACUACUGUCUGGAGGCAGUGUCUGGCUUGUAAACACUGGAAGGGGGAAUAUUUAACUCUGAACAGAAAUCUGUUCUGACAUUAAAAGGAAAUGAGUGAGAACAUUUGUGCAGGUGAGAUCUGUUGUAACGAACGAAGCCCACUGUUAUGAAAGAGCGAGAAGAUCUACUCUUUUGUUAAGUGCCUGUUUUAGGUUCUGGAUGGCUGGAAUUGUAUAGCAGAUGACCCACCAUCUCAGUGAUCCUAACAGAAUGUGCUUAUAUAAUUCCUUUAAACUUAUUACAGUUAGCAUGUGAAUUAAUAUACAGAUUAUUAAAAUUGGUACAUAUAUUACUUUCUCCCUUUUUCGACUACAGUUACAGCCUUGGAAUUUAAAACGUGAUCUAGGAAUCUGGAAGUAUCAGAAACUUCAGCUACCAUGCAUAAGCAGUUUUUUGUUGUUGUUGGGUUGUGUGUGUGUGUGUGUGGAUUACUAAUAAGCUGGCCUUUAAAAAAAAAUACAGAUCUAUAUGUUGUGAGAUAGUCAUCAUAAAACAUUAUUGUGUACUUUGUUGCUUCAUUGCAAAAAUUAUUUAGGAUUUUUCAAAUAUUUUAACGUGCUCUGUUCUGUGUCCUUUAGCGCCCAGAAUGCUUUGUUUGACAUCUUUCUGAAGGACUCUUAAUAACUCUCUAGUGCUAAGUCAGCCUUUUCUAUUCAGUUCUCCAGCAGGAGUAAGUCCCUUGCUUCCACUUUUCCUUCAUCCUGACUUUGACUGCCUCACCCUCAUAUGUUUUAUAUAUUUUAUUCUCUAUUAAUUAUACGAACCAUAACUGUACAUAUCAAAGUAAUGGCACACAAGAACUCUGUUUCUCCGUACAUUUGGAGCUAUACUUGGCACGUACUUAAUAAACAGUUGCAUUCAUCAUGCCAGUUUCCAUUUGCACAAAUAUUGCUAAUAAAGAGAAAACCAUAUUCAUUCUAAAAGCUUUUAUGAAGACUUGGACACUGUUAUAAGUUUAUUACUUUAUUUUUAAAUUGCCUGCUGUGCUUCUGACUCCUGUGCCUUUUCACAUUUGAGGGUUAUCUGGAUCUCAGUUUUCUUGUCAUAGGUAAGAAAAGGGGAGGAUUGUCAUGUAGUGACUGAAUAACUGCUGUUCACAGUGGUGUCACCCUGUGCAGUUUACAAAUCACUUUCAUGUGCUCUUUUUACCUGAUUUUACCCUCAUUUUACCAGUGAGGAAGUUGAAGCUGAGAGAGGCUAAUGGCUUGUCCAACGUCACACAGCUAAGGUACAGUCGAGGCAAAAUCUAGACUCUAAAUUUGUAUAUUGGCAGCGAGAGUGAAGAUCGGGCAUCACAGGAGCUUGAAUCUGAUCGCUUAUGGAGGUGUCUGGUUGUCAAUAAAUAGCAUUUGUCCAAAUGUUGUCCAACAUUAAUGCUGAUUAAUUCCAAAACACUUCUUGCUUGUAUUAAGAGCACGGUGUAUACUAUGUUACAUACAGUUAGAAAUACUGGAGUGGAAGAUCUGCCCGCUCUCAAGGAUUUCCUAAAUUAAUCCCUUGAUUUGUUAGAGAAGAUAAGAAGUAUAGCUAGACAGUUGCUACAAGAUAUAAAUGAAAGUAUGUCAUUUGAUCAGAUGUGAUAGUUUGGGAGAACACAUCAGUAAUAAUAAUUAAGUUGUACUUUAAACAUGUUAUCAUGUA